AUGCCCAGCCUUAUUGAAACCCCCGAAUCCCCCUUCACACCCAAAGUCCAAUCCAAGCUCCUCGCAAACCGCGAGAAAGCUUCCCGUGACUUUCGCUCCGAUGUAGUCACCGUCCCCAUAGAGUCCAUGAUGACAGCCAUCCUCGAAGCCUCUGUCAACGACGACAUCUAUGACCCAGAAGGCGACCCUUCAGUCAAAGCUCUGGAGUCCCGUCUGAUUGAGAUGACGGGCAUGGAGGCUGCGCUGUGGGCAAUUUCUGGAACGCAGGGAAAUCAGAUCUGUUUGAGGACGCAUCUUACGCAGCCGCCGCAUAGUGUGCUUUUGGAUCACAGGGCGCAUGUGCAUUGUUGGGAGUCUGGGGCUUUGCCGGUUAUUUCUCAGGCGGGUGUUACUACGAUUAAGCCGGAGAAUGGAGUUCAUUUGACGUUGGAGGAUGUUAAGAAGAAUAUUAUUGCUGAUGGGAAUAUUCACUUCCCGCCUACCAGAGUCGUAUCCCUCGAGAAUACCCUCUCCGGAACAAUUCUACCACUUGCAGAUGCCCAAGCCAUCUCAAACUACGUCCGCUCAUUCCCAGUCCCAGAGGGCCAAAAGCCCAUCGCCAUGCACCUCGACGGAGCUCGUGUCUUUGAUGGCGUUAUCGGCGAAGGCGUUGAUCUGAAGGCGUACGCAGCAUGCUUCGAUAGUAUCUCCAUCUGUCUCGCCAAGGGCAUCGGCGCCCCAAUGGGUAGUGUAAUCCUCGGCAAGAAGCCCUUCAUCGAGCGAGCCAAAUGGUUCCGAAAGAUGCUUGGAGGAGGAACCCGACAGCCAGGCAUGAUGGCAGCUGCAGCACUUUCAGCUCUCGAGUACAGCGUCCCCAGGUUCUCGUCUGUCCAUGCGUUGACCAAGGAAGCUGCGAAGCGCCUUGAAGCUGUUGGGUAUAAGUUUGCGCUUCCUGUGCAGACGAACAUGAUUAUUCUCGACCUUGAAGCCGCUGGUAUCCCACCUGCUGCAUUCGUCGAGUAUUGUGCAAAGGAGAAUAUUGCGGUGUUUCCUAUGGCGAGACUUGUGUUUCAUCAUCAAACUUCCGAGACAGCGGUUGAUAGCUUGGUCAAGGCGCUGACGAAGUUGAUGGAGGAUAAGAAGAAUGGGGUGGCGUUGAAAGAUGGAGAGGCUCAUGGUGGAUAUAGCUAA